UGUUGCUGCGCAAAGAACGCGCAUCCACUACGACAUGUUGCUGAGCAACGACAGAUUUACAUGUGGGGGCAGAAAACGCACUGACGGUUUCUUCUUGCAGAAUCUGGUGCAGCAUGAGCCACGAGUGUGCCAGGGCUGUAUCAGACAAAGAAAAGAUCUUAAAUGUUUUCAACAAGCAGUCACAAACAACAGAUAAAAGACUUUGCUCAAGGAACAGAUUAACUACGGACUGCAAGUGUUUAAACCUUUAUAGUAAAACAGAUGGGCAGAACAAAAUGAAACGACUGAGGAGCCGCAAGGAGAGGAGUCACAUGAGAGCUGGUGGGAAAGAAGCCUCAAAGUCCAAAGCACAUAACCAUCAUCACUGCCGUCCCCAAAGGAGUAAAGACAUGGCGUAUUUUCAGAACUGCUGUCAUAGUAGCUGUCCUUGUGCUUCAAGGAGAAAUGCACCAUUUCCAAACGUCAUUUCUGCUUCACAAGAGCCCAGUAUAAUAACGGACAGUCGCCUGAUAGGACACCAUGGCCUGUUCAACCACGAGGUGAAGUCUAUCGACAUAGAACGCUUGUUAAGUGAGCAGAGGAAACUGGGGAAAAGUGAACAGCAAGGACAAGAAAAUAACAAUUCUACUUCACAUCCAUCUUCAACAUCUCACAUGCCUUCUCCGUUCUUCACCAAUGAUUUAUUGGGUGCUGGUACUAAUGAGGUUCUGCCAUUUGAAAAGAAAUCUGCCCACGAUGAUUGCCGAAAGAAAGAGGAGAAAUUCAGUCAGGGACUAGAUAUUACAUCGGGGCAGAGACCGCAGCAACAGCUUGAUCAUUCAUCUGAAAGUUUUAAAAGCAUCUCCUCAUCUAAACAGAGCUCCUUCGAUGUAGUGAUAACCAAGAGCAGGAAGACAAACCCCCUCAUGUCUGAAAAGGGUAGAGAGUCACUGCUGACUCCCACUGUUGUCAAAGAAAAUGUGAAGACAUUAAACAGGAAGGCAAAGGUACACACGAUUUCUCCUGUGGAGCACACCCCAAAGAACCAGGAGUCUCCAGUCCACCAAACACAAGCUCAUAUUCUGAGCCCAAGCCCAGUUCAGCUCUCCAGCUCACACACUGCUGACAGCUUUGACACAGAGCACAGAAGACAAGAUGCCCGCUGUGCAUCCAAGUCUGUUAGUGCAGUGGCAGCAAGUUUGUGUGACUGCCUGCUGUUCCCACUUCUGAAGAGAAGAAACCUGGUGGCAGAGAGCAGGGAGGUGCUGUUGAAAGCUCUACGGGAGAGGCAUGGACCCCGGCUUCAGGAGAACCUCCUUGAGAUGCAGCGAGGCCUCAGCUUUGGUGUUGAUCCAACAGAGAAAGUUCAGAAUCAGGUGCCAACUAUGAUGGAAGAGCUCUUACCUCAAGGUGCAACAGCAUUUCAAGCGGAUGCUGCGAGUCAGCCAUGUUUUGACACCCAGAAAACCACAUCUUUCAAAAUGGUUGGCAGUAGACCUUUUAACUGGAAGUCCAGGCCACAACCACACCAACACCUGGAGCAGACUGCUGAAUGGUUGACAAGCCCUGUGGAAACCUCUGUCAGCCUUUUGGAUGAUCUCCUCAGACCUACUUACCCUCCUCAGUUCUGCAUGGACUUUGAGCCCUCUGGAGGUACAACCAGAUAUCAUUUGUUCUCUCCCACCAUAUGCUGGGGAGAAAACGCCUCAGUAUCUCAACACUGGGAAGACAGUUUCAGCAAGCCAAAGAACAACAAGGCUGUUAUGUUUGAUUCCUUUGAAAACAGCUUUAUUAACCACAAAAGAGCAGUUCCAGAGAGGAGCAGUGGGUCUCAAUACAGUAGCGGCAACUUCCAGCCUUUCUUUCCUUAUCAAACACAGCUGCCAGAUAGAUGUUCAGCAGAUCCAAUGCACUUUCCCCGGGAGAAAGACCCAUUUGAAACUGACACAUACUCUUUUGCACCCUCCUUCUCUGCUCACAUUCACAAUCCUCUGCAGAGCUUCCAACCUUUGAGCCAAUUCAGUCAUCCUUCAACUUGCCCUCCCCUCAGGUCCCACCACGCUGACAUGAUACAUUACCCACCAUCUCACACCCUUGAAAGAGACCCGGCAGCUCCCCUUUCUUCUUUCCCGAGCCCUGAACACUGGUCCUUCCCUCCUAUGAGGCUGUACUAAUGUGUGGUGAAGCUCUGCAUAGAGACGUGCUUGUGAAUGUUUCUUUGGCUAAUAUCAACAUCAAUAUUUUUUUUUGUUCACAGUCAGCGAAAUUAAAUAUUGUGUGCAUAUAUUUUACUAAAAACACAUUAUUAAAUGUAAUAGUAAUAGCUGACAUCUUAAGAGUAAGCUAUUUUUCUUUGGUCCUAUGUGCAGCUGAGAUUUAGAAACCAAUGAUUAUGUAUUGUUUGCAUCUUGGAACAUUUUUUUAAUAUGCAGAACAUUACACAUAUCUUCUUUAAAACAGGUGUUAUGAUGGGAAGUUAUUUGUACCAUUGUAAAUUUGUGCAAUAAUAUAUAAGACAUGCAAAAUCAAACCAUGCUAA